GUAGUAUCUGUUAAUUCUUCAACCAUGGACCUACUUAGCUCAGAGGAAUAUAUACUCAUCGCCCAAAGAACUCUGUCACAGCUUGAAAAGUCCAAUCUCAUAGUACUAAGUUCCCAGCUGGAUGCAGGUUCCAAUGAUCUUAUGGGAUACAUGGGCGAGUACUAUAAGUUGCAACUGGAGGUAGAGGAUAUAGGGGAAAAGAAGAAAUAUUUCCUAAAAUAUUUUAUCAAAAGUUUGCCGCGCAAAAAUGAGCCACAGAGGGAAGAAUGCGAACGCAAGGGAGUUUUUCAUAAGGAAUCUGCCGUCUACAGGCACAUAUUACCAAAAAUUCAAAAAUAUGCCACUAAGAAGCUCUUUCCCGAAUGUUACUACAGUCGGAAUGACAUUCUAGUUUUAGAAGAUCUUACCCAGAACUACAGGCACCUUAAUGCCAAUGAAAGCUAUACCUUGGAUCAUUAUAAACUGGUUCUGGAACAUUUAUCCGAAUUACAUGCUGCAAGUAUUGCAUGGGAGGAAAAUGAAAAUCUAAAUAUUUACGAAAACUACAAGGAUGUACUCACUGAAUUGCAUUUAGAUGCUAGUAAUUCUUGGUACACUACUGGUCUCAAGGCCAUUGUUUUCUUAGCAUCCCGUCAUUCGCAAUAUCAAACAAGCAAAGCUCAAAAGUUUAUUCAAGAUAGACUGUACAACCUUCUAACCAAAGCUGAAGAAUUGGUAGAACCUUCAAAGACCAUAAGGAAUGUGCUCUGUCAUCGUGAUGCCUGGGAUCGCAAUAUCCUUUACCAUUUUGAGGACAAAUCUUCAGUUUUACCCAAUGCCUGUUGCAUUGUAGACUUUCAAAUCGCCAAGUACUGUUCUCCCACCUUAGACGUUUUAUUUCUACUUUACAUUGUAGCAUCCGCUGAAGUUAGAAGAGAGAUAUAUGAUGAAUGCCUCGAGCACUAUUAUAAAUGCCUUGAAUCUCACCUCGAACGAAUGGGAUUAGACAAGAACCUUAUAACCAGAGAUAUCUUUUUGAAAGAGUGCCAACGAACUCGAUUAGCAGCCCUACUUAUUUGGGCUCUCACCGAGCCUCAGACCAAAAUGUCCCCCAGCAUUUCAAAUAGAUUGCGAUCCGAAGAACCUGAAAAGUUUGACUAUUAUCUCAACGUCGAUCGGAGUGAACUGUUACUAAGGGUAAUGGAGAUUCAACCUGGUUAUGAGGAGACUAUCUUGUCGCCCAUCAGAGAACUGGUGGAUUAUCUCAUGGAGAAUGAGAAAUUGUAUGCUUAGAAAGCUUUUCUGUUAUCUGUAGAUAAUUGUGGAUUUCAGCUCUUUGAUAAACUUUUAUCAAAUCGUUCGUUGAACUUUAUUAAUAUAAACAUUCCUUGAAAUUUCUUUUCGAAAAA